AUGGCAAAGACAGCGAGUACCGGAAGUAUUGGCAAAGGCAGCCCGAAGAUGAAGAGAGUCGAUGUCUUGGAAGAGUACAAGAAAAGAAAUGCCGAGAAAGAGACUCUGAAUCUCGUGGUCGUAGGGCACGUCGACGCGGGGAAGAGCACGCUAAUGGGUCACUUGCUGUAUCUUCUCGGAGAGGUGUCCGAACGAUCUAUGAAGAAAUUUGAGCGUGAUGCCGAAAAGCUCAAGAAAGGGAGUUUUGCAUUCGCUUGGGUUCUUGAUGAGACGGAUGAGGAGAGGAAUCGAGGAGUCACAAUUGAUGUGGCCAUCACCAAGUUUCAAACCGCACACAAAAAGUUUACGCUUCUGGACGCACCGGGUCACCGUGACUUCGUGCCCAAUAUGAUGAGCGGUGCCGCACAGGCAGAUGUCGCAAUUUUGGUUGUAGAUGCGACUCCUGGCGAGUUCGAGACGGGCUUCGAUUCCGGGGGGCAAACCAGAGAGCACGCUGUCCUGAUUCGCAGUCUGGGUGUAAGCCAGUUGAUUGUCGCCGUGAAUAAGAUGGAUGUGGUCAACUGGGCGAAAUCACGAUUUGAUGAGAUUUGCGCGAAGCUCUCCACGUUCUUGUCACAGUCAGUCGGAUUCCGGAAACAAAAUGUUACCUUCAUCCCCACCAGUGGAUUUACUGGACAGAAUCUCGCAAAAUGCACCAGCGAAGCCCUUUUGUCGUGGUAUUCCGGAAACACGCUUGUAGAGCAGAUUGACGCCUUCGAACCACCAGUACGCCCGAUAGAUAAGCCUUUCCGAUUAUCUGUCACCGACUAUUUCAAAGGAGGAAUAGGCGCAGGAGGGGGCGGGGGAGCGGUUUCCGUGAGCGGACGCAUCGAGGGCGGUAAUGUUCAAGUUGGAGAUUCCGUGACCGUCCUUCCUAUCAAUGAGGUCGGGGUGGUCCGAGCCAUUGAAGUGGCCGAGGAGUCCGUUAAAUGGGCCGUAGCUGGGGACAACGCUUUGAUGAGCCUGACGGGAGUCGACAUGACGCACAUCAACAUCGGAAGCUUACUUUGCGAUCCAUCAGCUCCUGUGCCCAUCACAAGCCAUUUCCGUGCCCAGAUUGUCACGUUCGACAUUGACAUCCCUCUCACAAUUGGUGUUCCGGUCGUCUUACACCACCAAUCGCUCACGGAGCAAGCCACAAUAACGCGGUUAGAAUCCCUAAUCAACAAAGCCACCAAUGAAGUAACGAAGAAGAACCCACGAGCUCUUCCGCGCAACGUUGCUGCGAUUGUGGAAAUCAAAACGAGUCGGCCAGUUUGUCUGGAAAAGUUCUCUGCCUCGAAGGAGCUCGGACGAUUUCUGUUGAGAUCGGGCACAGUCACGGUGGCCGGCGGAAUUGGUAUGUCUGAGGAUUGUGCCCCGCUGAUAUGUUUCUGA